AUGAAUAUUGAAGAGCGUGUUCUUAUCCAGGUAGGAUACACCCUCUACUUCUUCUUCUACUUCUUCGUCUGGUUUUGUUCGCAAUCUCACCACCACCAUAUCCCUCUUUCCAUACGUAUACAUAUCUCCAACCAUCGGAGGAAUACAUAUGCCCUAGAUUUCUUCCAAUCGUCCCUAAUCUUGCAAGUGAUGGUGAAUGUGAAUGGGAAUGACCCCUUAGAGUCUUUUCUUAAUUCGAUCGAACUUGUGAAGAAUGCUCUAGGUCCUCUUGAAUCCAAUUUCAGGAAAGCUGCAAAAGACUUUGAGCAUCGAUGGCCUGGUAGUAAGAAUGAACAUAAGACUGAACAAAUUGCCAUGGGAAAAGGGAGUAAAGUUCAAUUGUUUGGUGUGAAGAAAAAGAAUGAUCAAGGCGUGGUUAGUGAUGAAAGAAAAAAGGGGUUUUCAACUAAGGUCCCGUUUAAGGCAUUCUUAGGGAUCUUCACACAUAAUGAUGAACAUAAGGUCGAUGUCUCCAAGAAAGAGUUAGAUGUACAGGAUUACAGUAAAGACGAUGGAACUUGUAUUAAUUGCAUGCAGUUUGCUGUGAGUUGGUCUGUACUAGUUAGCAGCUUUGUUCAGGCUGUUCCAGGCCCAUUCAGAAAUGGUAAAAAGAAGCUGCAGAAAAAGACUAAUGGAAACAAGCUUUGUAAAGAUGUACAAGUGAAUGCCUACAAGUCAAACAUUUCAAAAGGGGUAUUCCAAGAAAACAUUUCUGGUGAUAGAAACCACACAGAAUUGAAACAUGAGCUGAUAUUCGUGCCAUAUGAGGAAACUUUAAAAGCCAAAGAUGGAAACAAUUUGUCACUCGACCAUCUUCUCGGGUUUCUGUUUGAUCAGCUUGCUCAAAAUCUACACAAGUUUGAGUUAGGUGGUAGUCUUUUAGAAUCUAAGAAAGCAGAUUUCAGUGGGUUUUUGGGAAAUUUAAAGUUUGCAAGAGUUGGAGGUGUUCCAUCAGGUAUCGUUGACAUAACUUCUAACGAAAGUGAUGAUGUUGUUAACUCAAAUGCUACAGAAGAGAAUGUUACAAGUUUCCCACAAAAGAUGGCUAAUGGAUUUGGCUUACUCAGUAUCCCUUUAUCAAAUGUUGAGCGAUUGAGGUCAACUUUGUCAACCGUGUCACUCACAGAGCUAAUUGAGCUUGUACCUCAACUAGGCAAAUCACCUAAAGAUCACCCUGACAAAAAGAAACUUUUCUCAGUUCAAGAUUUCUUCAGAUACACAGAGGCAGAAGGAAGGAGAUUCUUUGAAGAGUUGGAUAGAGAUGGUGAUGGAGAAGUGACUUUAGAAGAUCUUGAAGUUGCUAUAAGAAAAAGAAAGCUUCCUAGGAGAUACGCGCGUGACCUAAUGCAACGUACUAGAAGACAUUUAUUUUCAAAAUCUUUUGGUUGGAAACAGUUUUUGUCAUUAAUGGAACAAAAGGAACCAACAAUCCUACGCGCUUACACAUCUCUUUGUUUAAGCAAAUCUGGAACACUUCAGAAAAGUGAAAUCUUGGCUUCUUUAAAGAACGCCGGACUUCCUGCAAAUGAAGAUAAUGCUGUUGCCAUGAUGCGGUUUCUCAAAUCAGACACUGAAGAAUCCAUUUCUUAUGCACAUUUCAGAAACUUCAUGCUUCUUCUCCCUUCUGAUCAGCUUCAAGAAGAUCCAAGGAACAUAUGGUUUCAAGCUGCUACUGUUGUAGCAGUGGCACCUCCUGUUGAAGUACACACCGGAAGUGUUCUAAAAUCUGCAUUGGCAGGUGGUCUUGCAUGUGCAUUGUCUACAUCUGUAAUGCACCCUAUUGACACAAUUAAGACUCGUGUCCAAGCAUCAACUUUAAGCUUCCCAGAAAUUAUUGCUAAACUUCCUGAAGUUGGAGUUCGUGGGGUAUACCGAGGAUCAGUUCCUGCUAUCAUAGGACAAUUUUCAAGCCAUGGGUUACGAACAGGAAUCUUCGAAGCGAGUAAGAUCGUGUUAAUAAAUGUGGCCCCGACACUUCCAGACCUACAAGUUCAAUCUAUAGCAUCAUUUUGUAGCACUGUUUUGGGGACAGCUGUACGCAUUCCAUGUGAGGUAUUGAAGCAAAGGUUACAGGCUGGCAUAUUUGACAACGUUGGGGAGGCAAUCAUUUGCACAUGGCGACAAGAUGGUGUCAAAGGUUUCUUCCGUGGGACCGGUGCCACUCUUUGUCGGGAGGUCCCGUUUUAUGUCGCAGGCAUGGGCCUCUACGGCGAGUCCAAAAAGGUGGUCCAGAAGAUUUUGGGAAGAGAACUGGAGCCAUGGGAGACGAUUGCAGUUGGGGCUAUAUCAGGUGGUUUGGCGGCUGUGACAACGACGCCUUUUGAUGUGAUGAAAACUAGGAUGAUGACAGCGCCACAAGGGCGGCCCGUGUCCAUGUCAAUGGUGGCGUUGUCUAUUCUCAGGCAUGAGGGCCCACUUGGGUUGUUCAAAGGUGCUUUACCUAGGUUUUUCUGGAUCGCUCCACUUGGUGCUAUGAACUUUGCAGGGUAUGAGCUUAUGAAAAAUGCUAUUUCCAAAACUGAAGAACAGCAAGCAGUUGAGGAGGUUUCACAGAAAUAGUAUGUUUUUUUUUUUUUUUUUUUUUAAAUUUGUAAACAUGGCAUGUGAACGCGUGCUAUAA